ACGUGUGAGUCUAUCAGCAAUACAUAUGUUUAGAAUAUAAAGGAUGAAAAGACUCUGACUCAGGUAAAUCCUUUCCCUAUAAUUAUCAUGUGUUAUAUAGAAUAUGCUAAAUAAAUCAGAAGGUUUGUUUAGAGUUGAGAAAAUCUAUUGACUUUUAUACAAUAUAUGAAAAUUGAUGUAUAGAGAAGAAUAAUGUCCACAAUCAGAAUGAGCUAAAAUCCAUAUUUUGUUGUUUCAUGAUUUUAACAUAAAGGCAAAUUGCAAAACAUAUUCACAUGCUGGUGUUCAUUUUCUCUGUUGAUAAAAAUCUGUUUUACAAAAAAGACCACAUAACAGCAAUAAGUUUCUUUCUCAUUGUAAUAAAAAUAUGCAUCUGUAUCUUAUUAAUACAUUUAAAAAAAUCAAAUAUAAACUUCAGGUAUGUAUGUGUUUUUAAAUUCAGCUGUAACUUUAUGAGAGAUAAGGUAUAGGUGAUGAUGAUCAUACGUGAAGCAAAAAAACUAAUUUGAGUGUGAGAUGUCAAAAUUGGACCGAAAAAGGUUCAACGCAAAGAAAAUCCAUAUAAAUAAAUAUUUUUUUUAAUGUGUAAAUUUAGCUUCUUAUGGCGUUUCCCCAUUUUUGCUGAAAAAGUGCAGUUUAUUAGCCCACAAGCCUCACUGACAAAGCCAGAAUGUCUUCGGUCAUCGACAUACCCAUAAUACUUUGCAAACAAUAACAGUCAUCAGUAUUUGUUUGGAAAAGGCCAUCAGCUGCAGAUCAUAGAGAGAAGAGGGUAGCCCCUCAAUGGAAAAUGCUGACUUUGUUUGUGUGACUCCCUGAGUGCUGGCCAGUAGGCGUAGCAGUACUGAUAAUAGAUUUUUUUUUUAAAACCUCUUCAUACCCUGGUGGAUUACAGUGAUUUCGUUCCUCGGGGUCUCAGUACAGUGAUGGAUUGUUAUUGUUAUUGCUGGGUCAGGCCUCUCCAGAUUUUUCUCACAGCUCUGAGCCUUUGGGACAAGCGGCUGCUGCGAUUAGCCCACUGACCCUGCUCUUAGAGUGGCCCAAAGGGAGCCAAGUGAGCUUGAGAAAGCCCAUUUGUGCAAUGCACCAGUGUAAAACACAACACAGCACACGUGUUGUUGGAUUAUACAAGAUUAGUGUUUUUAGAAUUUUAUAAAGCCUACUAUUCAAGUCUGAAGUAGAACUGGAACAUGUAACGCCUGCGAUUUGCAAUGCUGUAGGUGAUAGUAACAAUGUAGCUGCGUCACACAGCUCUGGGUGUGAUUUCAGUACUGGUGUGUGCAGGUUCCUAUGUGGUGUCAAUUUAGUGCCUAAAAUGGAACAUUUUAAAAGUGUUAAGCUUUUAGUUUCCAGCCUGAUUCACCGCUGAGCCUCCAUUUUGAGGCGAGGCCCUCGGUCACAUCCGAUUAAGGCAGUGAAAGAAGCGAAAACAUUUGUGUCUUCUGGUAGUUUCAUCCACAAUUUUAGUUGUUUUUUUUCUGUUUUUUUGUUGUUGUUGUUUUCCAAACAGUAUUUGAUGUCUGCAAUUCCAAAUGCAGAGCAUGAUGCCUGAAAACUGUUGAUAAACAGAACAAAAUACCGCCAUUAGAGAAUUUAUUUCCAUUCAAAUAUGAGUAGGCCGAAUCAUUAUCUUAGGAACAUGUUGAUGCCCGUCUUAAUCUCUCAAAUUGCAGAAAAGAUGGGAUGUAACUGCAGUUCGGACUAUUCGGAGGGAGACUGGAUGGAGAACCUGGAUGAAGUCUGUGAACAAUGCAACUGUCCCAUACCUCCCCAGUCAUGCAAUCCAUACACAGACCAGCUGAUUCCAUACCCAUCACAGCAUUCACCUCCUACAUCUCCAUUACCAGACAACCUUGUGGUGGCCAUAUACAGUUAUGAACCCAACCAUGAUGGUGACCUGGGCUUUGAGAAGGGAGACAAGCUCAAGAUCAUCAACAAGGACGAUCCGGAAUGGUAUUUGGCUGAGUCUCUCACCACAGGCCAGCGGGGCCACAUCCCGCACAACUUUGUUGCAAUGACCACGGUGGAGACUGAACCGUGGUUCUUUAAGAACAUUUCUAGAAACGAAGCCAUGAGGCUCCUCCUCUCUCCUGGGAACACGCUGGGCUCCUUCCUGAUUCGAGAGAGCGAGACAACCCAAGGGUCAUUCUCCCUGUCAAUCAGGGACUUGGACCACAACACUGGGGAAGGAGUCAAGCACUACAGAAUUCGCAACAUGGACAUCGGCGGCUUCUACAUCACAGCCAAGAUCUCCUUCAUCUCGCUGAAGGAGCUCGUCCAGCAUCACUCACGUGCGUGCAGCCCGUUGAGAGGACUAAUCGAGAUCACUGUCGGGUCUUCAUCGGAACAAUAUUUAACCUGUGUCCUCUCUCUUUCUCUCUGUCGUCCAGGCGAAGCCGACGGGUUGUGCACAAAGCUGAUGAAGCCGUGUCAGUCGAGGGCACCGCAGAAGCCCUGGUGGCAGGAUGAGUGGGAGAUUCCCCGCGAGUCCUUGAAGCUGGAGCGCAGGCUCGGAGCAGGACAGUUUGGAGAAGUCUGGAUGGGUGUCUACAACAAUGAAAGGACUGUGGCAAUUAAGAACCUGAAGAUGGGAACAAUGUCGGUGGAAGCCUUCCUGGCAGAGGCCAACAUGAUGAAGAACUUGCAGCAUCCACGCCUCGUCCGCCUCUUCGCCGUUGUUACCCAGGAGCCAAUCUUUAUUGUCACGGAGUACAUGGAAAAUGGUAGCCUGGUGGAUUACCUGAAAACAACGGAGGGAGGCAGUGUGCCCAUGAACACUCUGAUAGACAUGGCGGCUCAGGUGGCUGAUGGCAUGGCGUAUAUCGAGAAGAAAAAUUACAUUCAUCGAGACCUGAGAGCAGCCAAUAUUCUGGUGUCUAAUGAACUCAUCUGUAAGAUUGCUGACUUUGGACUGGCAAGGCUGAUCGAGGACAAUGAAUACACAGCAAGAGAGGGUGCAAAGUUCCCCAUCAAAUGGACCGCCCCAGAGGCUAUAAACUUUGGCACCUUCUCCAUAAAAUCGGAUGUGUGGUCAUUUGGGAUCCUCCUGACAGAAAUAGUGACAUAUGGACGCAUACCUUACCCUGGUAUGUCCAACCCAGAGGUAAUCCAGAACCUGGAGCGGGGCUACAGAAUGCCGAAGCCGGAAAACUGUUCAGAUGGACUUCAUGAUGUCAUGAGUCUGUGCUGGAGGGAAAACCCAGAGGACAGGCCCACCUUCGAGUACCUGAGGAGCGUUCUGGAGGAUUUCUUCACUGCCACAGAGAGGCAGUACCAGGAAUAGCCCUGAUUGGGCGACAGAAAGACAUACAGACUUACAAUAAAUGUACACAAACUAAACAGGCGAAGCCUGUGAAAAUGGAUGCUGGGAUUUUGUUUUGUUUGUUUUUGAAGAGUACAUGCCUUUAUAUUGAUAUGGUAGAAACUGAGAUUCCAAAUAAGAUUACUUUGUUUCUGCACCAAACUUAUUUUGAAGUGGCCUUUUAGAUACAAUCUCAUGGGGAACUGUGAACCUUGGAAACUCCUGUAACACUGGAUUACUGCAGAGCCAAGAAGAGAAAGGAGAGCGAUCACCAUGCAGCCCGAACUGCCUGGUGUCGUUGAAUAAGUAGCUGCUCUGCCGGUGCUCAUUAUUAAGAUGUAAAUACCGUCAAAGUGCUUCAUCUGUGUUUUAACUCUGCAGUUUGAUAAAUGUUGCUGAUAUGUUUCAUAACAUACAAAAAUGCUCAGAUGAUUUGUUAUGUAAAUGUAUUAAAUUCAAUCAUACUGAAUUCUGGACAGUUUUGAUCCUGUGUGCUGAUGGCAACAUUUUCCUCAUGUACAUGUUCUGUUCAUCAGUACUGCCAUAUUUUUACUUCUCCAUUCCACCUUAUACUUUUGAGAUACAAACUUAUCAGAUAAGACGCAUUGCUGUAUAGAUUAAACAAACACAAGAAGGCAUAUAUAAAGUAGGCUAAAAAAUAAUAGCUCCUCCUGGACCAGCUGCAUCCAUCAGUUAUAAUAAUCUGAAAAUAUUACAAAAAUGAAUGUAAUACUACAGGAGACAUUCUGCUGCAUAAUGAGAAACGGCACUACUUUAAGUAAAUUUUACUACUUCUGCACUUGUAAUGGAGUUUUUACAUUGUGGCACUGCUACUUUUAAUAAGGAGAAGGGGGU